CCUGGAAAGAUGCUUCAAAACUCCAGGCAGGAGCCAGCGUGUGUGGAGCUGCAGGCUGAGCUGUUUGGACCGCCGACCCGGCAGAUCAGAGCUCUGCUGGACAAUAUUUAGAGCAGGUUAAGAUCCUUCGAAGAAACUCUCAAUGUAGAGAAAACACACACAUUCAGGCAGAUUCGCUUUUUUAAUACACAGUUAUUUACCAUUAAGACAUUUACUCCCGGCGGAGGGCUUUCUGUGUGCAGCUGUAUGUGCACUGCCAAAAACUUGAGGAAAGAAACAUCUGAAGAACACCUCUCCAACACUUUGUCCUUUCCUGCAGCGGGACUUGGAGAGGGGCACCAUGCCAUUCCUCGGCGCACUGUGUGUGUACUUUCUGAUCGUCCUGAGGCCAGUUAAGACAAACAACAUCACCGAGGACAUAGACGUGUUGGUGUUUCUGCCACAAAAUAACUCCUACCCGUUCUCACACGCGAGGGUCGCACCGGCCAUCCUUUACGCACAGCAGCGGCUGCAGGCGGAGGGGGGGCAGUACUCCGGGAUCCACUUCAACAUACACUUUGAGAACUCCGACUGUGUGAAUGGGGCUCUGUUCCUGCUGCUGGACAGGUCGUGCGGGCAGAAGCCGGAUCUGAUCCUGGGUCCGGUGUGUGAGUACGAGGCGGCCGCGGUGGUCCGGCUGGCGUCGCACUGGGACAUCCCGGUGAUCUCGGCAGGUGCCCUGGCCGCCGGCUUCAGCAACAAGAACACCGAAUUCUCCCAGCUGACCCGCAUCGCCCCGUCCUACGUGAAGAUGGCAGAGACGUUCACCGCGAUGUUCGAGCACUUCACCUGGAGGAGCGCGCUGCUGCUGUUCGAGGACGACAAGCAGGAGCGCAACUGCUACUUCACCCUGGAGGGGGUCUACCAUCUGAUGGCGGACUUUAACAUCAAAUCAUACGCUGUUUCUAUGGAGGAACGUUUGGACACUGACGACAUCCUCCAAAACAUCCAUGACACUGAAGUGGUGAUCAUGUGCAUGGGGGCGGACCGGAUCAGAGAGGUCAUGCUGGCUGCUCACAGGCGCCGGCUCACCAACGGCAGCUACAUGUUCUUCAAUGUGGAACUCUUCAAUGCCUCCUCUUAUGGAAAUGGCUCGUGGAAGCGUGGAGAUAAAUAUGACAGCGAUGCGAGGCAGGCCUAUGCCUCCCUGAACACUGUGACUCUGCUCAGGACCAUCAAGCCUGAGUUUGAAAAGUUCUCCAUGGAAAUGAAGAAGUCCGUGGAAAAAUCUGGGUUUCAUGACUGCAAAGACUGUGGGAGUGUCAACAUGUUUGUGGAGGGGUUCCAUGAUGCCAUGCUGCUGUACGCCAUCGCCUUGCAUGAAGCCAUGAAGAAUGGAUACAGUAAGAAGAAUGGAACGGAGAUCACCUCUCACAUGUGGAACAGAACUUUUGAAGGAAUUGCUGGGCAGGUAUCCAUGGAUGUCAAUGGUGACAGAAAUGGUGAUUUCUCUCUGAUGGCGAUGACGAAUGUUGACGCAGGAACAUAUGAGGUGGUUGCCAACUACUUUGGUGAAAAUGGAACUUUCCAGCUGCUGCCUGCAUUCAACUCUGAGCAUUUCACCCUGAGAGGAAGACAUAAAGCACAGCCAGAGAUCCCAGACAAAUCAUGCGGACUAGGAGUAUCAGCUUUGACUGGAGUCAUAGUGGGAGCUGUUCUGGGAACUGCAUUGCUUAUAGCAUUCUACUUUUUCAGAAAAAACUACAGGAUUACUAUUGAGCGUCGCACACAGAGUGAAGAGUGUGACACUGGGAAGCACCGUCAGCUACGAGAGGACUCCAUCAGAUCCAACUUCUCAGCAGCGUGAUGCCAGCAGCAGAGAAUCACUCCUGGAUGUGACCAAAGACUUUGCAGUGGUUGUCAGUGGAGCCAUGCUGUUAAAAAUGAGACAUUGUGUGUUUGUAUCCUUUAAUAUUUUUUUGACUUAUUGUAACUCAGGACAGUUGUAACAAUCACAAAGCACCACUUACUCGGAUCGUCCUGCAUACAAAAGGUAUAUGAUUGUAUAGAAAGCUUUGGCCAUCAUAUUUUUUAAAGAUUUUUAAAGAAUUUGUUGUUUAAAUAUUCAGAUGGUGUUAGCAUGACUGUGAACGAUUGAGUGUAUCUAACACUACACUUGCAUACAUUAAUGAUGGGGGGAGGUCUGCUUUUGGCUCUCAGGUUGACAGGAAUUGUACAGGCCUCAUGUUUAAGGUUGGACCUAUAUGGAUAGGAAAUUAGCUACUGAUAUUAAGCUACUGAUAUUAUAAGGUUUUCAGUGUACCAUAACUCCAGCAGCCUCCGUGCAAAUCCUUCCUACCUGAGCACAUUGCUCCUAAAAUCAGAAACACUGGGUCCUAUUUAACCUCUUUUACUUUUGAAAUGAGCUAAUUUACAGUGUUUUUAAAUGUGUCUAAUAAAUUGAAAUUGCUACCUGUUUAAAA